UGAUUACACUGCUUCACGCCCAGACAAUACCACAUACCAGAAUUACACAUGUGGAGGUUCCUUAACACAAUCAUCAGGCUUUAUAUCCAGUCAUCUCUAUCCAAAUCACUACUUGAAAAAUGCUACUUGUGUGUGGGUUAUCCGGACGGCGCCAAAUACCUAUGUGGAGCUUGUGUUCCUAAAUUUUUUUAUGAACAAUAGUGAGAAUACAAGUCCCAGCUGUGACCACGAAUGGGUAAAGGUAUAUGAUGGACCGCCAGAGAGCUCUAUUCUUCUUGGAAAGAUUUGCCGAGCUGAAAAUACCAGUUUUUAUUCUUCUUCCAAUAUUAUGGCUAUUGAAUUCAGAAGUGAUAGCAUUGCUCGAGGAACAGGCUUCCUAGCUGAAUACAGAACCCGCAGUGCAAUCACCGACAUACCAGUCCAGAACUAUUCCUGUGGUGGUACCUUAACACAAUCAUCGGGAUUUAUAUCCAGUCCUCUCUAUCAAAAUCAGUACCUGAGCAAUGCUGCGUGUGUGUGGGUUAUCCGGACCCCCCCAAACACCUACGUGGAGCUAUUGUUCUUAGAACUGCAUAUGAACAAUAUUGAGAAUACAAGUUCCAGCUGUGACUGA